AUGCGAGCUACGGGAGAGUCCGAGCUAUUUGGCAUUAGAGAAACGGCUGGUGCUCACUGCUACUCACCUGAAACAAAAAGAAGAGUCGGGCUCGAUUACACUGUCGCUCAUACUCCAUCGAUCCCCCCCCGCCCCCUCCGUACCACGUACCACGUACCACGUACCACGUACCACGUACCACGUACCACGUACCACGUACCACGUACCACGUACCACGUACCACGUACCACGUACCACGUACCACGUACCACGUACCACGUACCACGUACCACGUACCACGUACCACGUACCACGUACCACGUACCACGUACCACGUACCACGUACCACGUACCACGUACCACGUACCACGUACCACGUACCACGUACCACGUACCACGUACCACGUACCACGUACCACGUACCACGUACCACGUACCACGUACCACGUACCACGUACCACGUACCACGUACCACGUACCACGUACCACGUACCACGUACCACGUACCACGUACCACGUACCACGUACCACGUACCACGUACCACGUACCACGUACCACGUACCACGUACCACGUACCACGUACCACGUACCACGUACCACGUACCACGUACCACGUACCACGUACCACGUACCACGUACCACGUACCACGUACCACGUACCACGUACCACGUACCACGUACCACGUACCACGUACCACGUACCACGUACCACGUACCACGUACCACGUACCACGUACCACGUACCACGUACGCCGUCCCCCAUCCACCGUCCACCGUCCACCGUCCACCGUCCACCGUCCACCGUCCACCCGUAA